AUGAUGCCAGCCUCUGGCAACGGUGCCACAGUCGAGCGCGUCCUGGACGCCAUCAGGCGCAGCCCCCUGGGCCUGGAGCUGCCCAGCGACUAUCCGGGCCUGGCUAACGUCGCUUCGUCGUUGGACGAGGACGACAUCACAGAGGCUGCCGUGCGCCUGGUGCGCGAGCACGGCCUGCUGGACGCCAAGGCCAUGGUGGCCUCCAACCUCAAGCUCCUGGGACGCCCCUCGGACUUGGAGGUUUUCAAGACUCUGCAGUCCGACGGCGGCUCCCGCCGCCCGCGCGCAUCGUCGUCUGCGGUCCUGGGCGCGCUCCUGCGCAGCCCCCUGAUGCUGGACCUGCCCGCCAGCACCCCUGGCCUGGAUGUGGUCGCGACCCUGUCCGAGGAGGAGGUGAUGGCGGCGGCGGUGGCGCUCGUGCGCGAGCACGGCCUGCUGGACGCCAAGGCGAUGGUGACCAGUGACGUCACCGUGCUCAAGUCGUUCACCGACUACUACAACGCUCUCGCCAGCAACACCGAGCAGCUGCUGAUGGAGAGCGAGGCCGAGUUCCUGGCUGCCAUGCCCUCGCCCUCGCGCUUCGACGCGGUGCUUGAGGCGCUCAAGCGCAGCCCCCUGAUGCUGGAGCUCCCGAUUACCACGCCCGGCCUGGCCGCCGUGGCUGACCUGUCCGAGGAUGCCAUUAUUGGGGCCACCGUGGUGCUGCUGCGCUCUGAGGGCCUCUUUGAAGCCAAGGAGCUGCUUAGGAACGACGCAUCGAUUCUGGUGCCGGCUGCAAAGGAGGCAGCCCGCAUCGAGGCCGAGGAGGCCGCCGCCCGCGCCGCCGAGCUCGCCGCCGCCGAGGCGGAGGCCGAGGCAGCUGCCUGGGAGGAGAACGGAUACGUGGCCAUGCCCUCGCCUGUGUACGCUGCUGCGCCGGCGGCUCGGGCAGCCCCUGCCGUGCGCGCGACUGGCGAGGUUGCGCGCGUGCUGGAGGCGCUCAAGCGCAGCCCCCUGAUGCUGGAGCUGCCGGCCAACACCCGCGGCCUCGAGGCUGUGACCCGCCUGGCCGAUGACGCCAUCAUCGGGGCCACCGUGGUGCUGCUGCGCGCCGAGGGCCUCUUCGACGCCAAGGAGCUGCUAAGGAGCGACGCAUCGAUCUUGGUGCCGGCUGCAAAGGAGGCGGCCCGCAUUGAGGCCGAGGAGGCCGCCGCCCGGGCCGCCGAGCUUGCCGCUGCCGAGGCCGAGGCUGAGGCCGAGGCUGAGGCUGAGGGGCGGGCCACCUGGACAGCGCCGGCAUACACCGCUGCUCCGGCGCCCCCGGCCGUGCGCGCAACUGGCGAGGUGGCGCGCGUGCUGGAGGCGCUGAAGCGCAGCCCGCUGAUGCUGGAGCUGCCGGCCAAUGCACGCGGCCUGCAGGCUGUCACCGGCCUGGCCGACGACGCCAUCAUCGGGGCCACUGUGGUGCUGCUGCGCGCUGAGGGCCUGUUUGACGCGAAGGAGCUGCUGAGGAACGACGCAUCGAUCCUGGUGCCAGCUGCAAAGGAGGCCGCCCGCAUCGAGGCCGAGGAGGCAGCGGCACGCGCUGCCGAGCUUGCUGCUGCCGAGGCAGAGGCCGAGGCUGCUGCCAGGGAGGAGGAGGGUUAUGAGGCCGCCCCUGCGUACUACGCUGCUGCCCCCGCCGUGCGGGCGACUGGCGAGGUGGCGCGCGUGCUGGAGGCGCUCAAGCGCAGCCCGCUGAUGCUGGAGCUGCCGGCCAACACCCGCGGCCUGGAUGCUGUGACCGGCCUGGCCGAUGACGCCAUCAUCGGGGCCACUGUGGUGCUGCUGCGCUCUGAGGGUCUCUUUGACGCCAAGGAGCUGCUGAGGGCGGACGCAUCGCUCCUGGUGCCUGCUGCCCGGGAGGCGGCCCGCCUGGAGGCGGAGGAGGCUGCAGCCCGCGCCGCCGAGCUCGCCGCCGCCGAGGCCGAGGCCGAGGCUGAGGAGCAGGCCGCGUGGUCGGCGCCGUCGUACGCUGCUGCUGCGGCCCCUCCGGCGGUGCGCGCGACCGGCGAGGUGGCGCGCGUGCUAGACGCGCUGAAGCGCAGCCCCCUGAUGCUGGAGCUGCCGGCCAACACCCGCGGCCUGGAGGCCGUCACCGCCCUGGCUGACGACGCCAUCAUCGGGGCAACCGUGGUGCUGCUGCGCUCUGAGGGCCUCUUUGACGCCAAGGAGCUGCUGAGGGCGGACGCCUCGCUGCUGGUGCCUGCCGCUAAGGAGGCGGCCCGCAUUGAGGCGGAGGAGGCCGCCGCUCGCGCCGCCGAGCUCGCCGCUGCCGAGGCCGAGGCCGAGGCCGCCGCCAGGGAGGAGGAGGUGGCCGCGUCGGCCUGGGCCGCGCCCGUGUACGCCGCCCCGGCGGCGCCUGCGCGUGCGCCCGUGCGCGCAGCCGGCCCUGAGGCUCGCGUGAUUGAGGCCAUCAAGAGCAGCCCCCUGAUGCUGGAGCUGCCAGCUGGCGCGGCGGGCCUGUCCGCCGUGGCCGCCCUGGACGACGCCACCAUCAACGCGUCGUGCGUGCUGCUGAUGCGCGUGGAGGGCCUCUUCGAAGCCAAGCAGAUGGUCAGGGAGGACCCCACGAUCCUCCUGGACGUGGCUAAGGAGGUGGCCCGCAUUGAUGCUGAGGAGGCCGCCGAGCGCGCCGCCGAGCUCGCCGCCGCCGAGGCUGCCGAGGCCGAGGCCGCCGCUGAGGCCGCGGCGCCCGCGCCGUGGUCGUCCUACUCCGCGCCCGCCAAGGCGCCCGUGCCCGUGCGCGCCCCCGCUCCGGCCCCGGCCGUGCGUGCGACUGGCGAGGUGGCGCGCGUGCUGGAGGUGCUCAAGCGCAGCCCCCUGAUGCUGGAGCUGCCGGCCAACACCCGCGGCCUGGAGGCUGUGACCCGCCUGGCCGAUGACGCCAUCAUCGGGGCCACCGUGGUGCUGCUGCGCGCUGAGGGCCUCUUUGACGCCAAGGAGCUGCUGAGGGCGGAUGCCUCGAUUCUGGUGCCAGCUGCGAAGGAGGCAGCCCGCAUUGAGGCCGAGGAGGCCGCCGCCCGCGCCGCCGAGCUCGCCGCCGCUGAGGCCGAGGCCGAGGCCGCCGCCAGGGAGGAGGAGGAUGCCACUUGGGCAGCGCCUGCGCCUGUGUACGCCGCCCCGGCGGCGCCUGCGCGCGCGCCCGCGCGUGCGCCCGUGCGUGCCACCGGCCCCGAGGCGCGCGUGAUUGAGGCCAUCAAGAGCAGCCCCCUGAUGCUGGAGCUGCCAGCUGGCGCGCCGGGCCUGUCUGCCGUGGCCGCUCUGGACGACGCCACCAUCAAUGCGUCGUGCGUGCUGCUGAUGCGCGUGGAGGGCCUGUUUGACGCCAAGCAGCUUGUUAAGGAGGACCCCACGAUCCUCCUGGACGUGGCUAAGGAGGUGGCCCGCAUUGAGGCCGAGGAGGCCGCCGAGCGCGCCGCCGAGCUCGCCGCCGCCGAGGCCGCUGAGGCCGAGGCCGCUGCUGAGGCCGCAGCGCCCGCGCCUUGGUCGUCCUACUCUGCGCCUGCGCCUGUGUACGCCGCCCCGGCGGCGCCCGCGCGCGCGCCUGCGCGUGCGACCGGCCCCGAGGCUCGCGUGAUUGAGGCCAUCAAGAACAGCCCCCUGAUGCUGGAGCUGCCAGCUGGCGCGGCGGGCCUGUCUGCCGUGGCCGCCCUGGACGACGCCACCAUCAACGCGUCGUGCGUGCUGCUGAUGCGCGUGGAGGGCCUGUUUGACGCCAAGCAGAUGGUCAUCGAGGACCCCACGAUCCUCCUGGACGUGGCUAAGGAGGUUGCCCGCAUCGAAGCCGAGGAGGCAGCUGAGCGCGCCGCCGAGCUUGCCGUCGCAGAGGCCGCUGAGGCCGAGGCCGCCGCUGAGGCCGCGGCGCCUGCGCCAUGGUCUUCCUACUCCGCGCCCGCCCGCGCCGCGCCCGCACACACGCCCGCGCCCGCCAAGGCCGCCGCGCCCGCGCGCGCCCCCGCGCCGGCCCCGGCCGUGCGCGCGACUGGUGAGGUGGCGCGCGUGCUGGAGGCGCUGAAGCGCAGCCCCCUGAUGCUGGAGCUGCCGGCCAACGCGGCGCGCCUGAGCGCUGUCACGAGCCUGUCUGACGACCUGGUGGUGGACGCCACCCUGGUGCUGCUGCGCCAGCACGGCCUGCUCGACGCCAAGGCCAUGGUUGCCGCUGACGUCACCGCGGCGGCGGCCGAGGAGGCGGCCGCGGCCGCCGCGGCCAAGCCGGCGUUCGCGGCCUGGGCCGCGCCCGCGUACGCCCCGGCCGCGCCCACGCCCGCACGCGCGACCGGCCCCGAGGCUCGCGUGAUUGAGGCCAUCAAGAGCAGCCCCCUGAUGCUGGAGCUGCCAGCUGGCGCGGCGGGCCUGUCUGCCGUGGCCGCCCUGGACGACGCCACCAUCAAUGCGUCGUGCGUGCUGCUGAUGCGCGUGGAGGGCCUGUUUGACGCCAAGCAGAUGGUCAGGGAGGACCCCACGGUGAGGACCUGA